AUGGUGGGCUAUAACAAAUUAGAAACACGGAGGGAUCUGUCACUCGCAUGCUACGUGGUGAAGAUCCUUCGCGGCAGUAUUCACAACCCGGGGAUCUUACAGCAGAUGAAUCUGUACGUGCCCAAUGGCUACGUGGAGCGGAGGCGGCGGCCGCAGCUGCUGGUGGAACCGAUCGGCAGAACCAACCUGCUUCGUAAGGCAUCGUUAGCUCUAGUACUAGCUAGCGAGCAAGCAGCGAACGCGACCAGUGAGAAAACUUCAGCAUCAGUGGGGCGCAAUGGCCGGCAAUACUACGGGCCUGUCGACCAGGGUAACAACGAAGUAGUCGUUGACAUCGAGGACGACGAGAAAACGCAGUAUUACGAAACCAAUUAUGAUACCAAUGCAUACGGUUUCGGUUACGACGUGGGCCCAAACGGGCAGUUCCACCACGAGAACCGGGGCCCGGACGGCGUCACAUACGGCUGCUAUGGCUACGUAGACCCGGACGGCGUGCUUCGCGCCACACAUUACGUAGCCGAUAGCCAUGGCUACCGUGUCGUGGAGCCAGAGAAACCGGUCGAAGUGUUCCCGGAUGAGAAACACGAGUAUGAUGAAAACUCUGUGGACAACAAGCCGAUCAAGGGUCAGAUAGUCCCGUACGACAAGUUGUACUUCCCGAAAGGAUGCGGCCGCACGCCCGGCGGCGUUCCGGCCAAGCCGAUACCGGUGGCCCCUCGCCCUCCAAAGCCACCCACCGACAGCACUGGCGGAGCUAGCCACCCUAUACCCUCCAGACCUGCACUGGCGGAGCUAGCCACCUUAUACCCUCUAGACCUGGUGGUUCAGGUGGGUACUACCCCGGACAACCCGGACAACCUGGACAACCCGGCGCCCCUGGAGCGCCCGGCGCUCCCGGUUCCCCAGGCACUCCUGUCCAGGUGGUCAGGCGGACCAGGAGGUCCAGGAGGCCCUGGAGGACCCAAUGGCCCUGGUGGCCCUAAUGGUCCAGGUGGAAGCGGUUACUAUCCCGGACAACCCGGACAGCCUGGAAAACCAGGCACUCCCGGCACACCAGGCUCACCCGGCACACCAGGAGGCCCAGGCGGACCAGGCGGACCAGGAGGCCCAGGUGGCCCUAAUGGACCCAAUGGACCAGGUGGAAGCGGAUACUACCCUGGACAGCCCGGACAACCAGGCACCCCCGGCACACCAGGCUCACCCGGCACACCAGGAGGCCCAGGCGGACCAGGAGGCCCAGGAGGCCCAGGUGGCCCUAACGGACCCAAUGGCCCAGGUGGAAGCGGUUACCACCCCGGACAGCCCGGGCAACCUGGGCAACCAGGCACCCCCGGCACACCAGGCUCACCCGGCACACCAGGAGGCCCAGGCGGACCAGGAGGCCCAGGAGGCCCAGGUGGCCCUAACGGACCCAAUGGCCCAGGUGGAAGCGGUUACUACCCCGGACAGCCCGGACAACCAGGCACCCCCGGCACACCAGGCUCACCCGGCACACCAGGAGGCCCAGGCGGACCAGGAGGCCCAGGAGGCCCAGGUGGCCCUAACGGACCCAAUGGCCCAGGUGGCCCUAACGGACCCAAUGGCCCAGGUGGAAGCGGUUACUACCCCGGACAGCCCGGACAACCAGGCACCCCUGGCACACCAGGCUCACCCGGCACACCAGGAGGCCCAGGCGGACCAGGAGGCCCAGGAGGCCCAGGUGGCCCUAACGGACCCAAUGGCCCAGGUGGAAGCGGUUACCACCCCGGACAGCCCGGGCAACCUGGGCAACCAGGCACCCCCGGCACACCAGGCUCACCCGGCACACCAGGAGGCCCAGGCGGACCAGGAGGCCCAGGAGGCCCAGGUGGCCCUAACGGACCCAAUGGCCCAGGUGGAAGCGGUUACUACCCCGGACAGCCCGGACAACCAGGCACCCCCGGCACACCAGGCUCACCCGGCACACCAGGAGGCCCAGGCGGACCAGGAGGCCCAGGAGGCCCAGGUGGCCCUAACGGACCCAAUGGCCCAGGUGGAAGCGGUUACUACCCUGGACAGCCCGGACAACCUGGCCAACCAGGCACUCCCGGCACACCAGGAUCACCGGGCACACCAGGAGGCCCAGGCGGGCCUGGAGGUCCAGGCGGACCAGAUGGACCUAACGGACCCAAUGGACCAGGUGGAAGUGGUUACUACCCCGGACAGCCCGGACAACCAGGCACCCCCGGCACACCAGGCUCACCCGGCACACCAGGAGGCCCAGGCGGACCAGGAGGCCCAGGAGGCCCAGGUGGCCCUAACGGACCCAAUGGCCCAGGUGGAAGCGGUUACUACCCUGGACAGCCCGGACAACCUGGCCAACCAGGCACUCCCGGCACACCAGGAUCACCGGGCACACCAGGAGGCCCAGGCGGGCCUGGAGGUCCAGGCGGACCAGAUGGACCUAACGGACCCAAUGGACCAGGUGGAAGUGGUUACUACCCCGGACAGCCCGGACAACCAGGCACCCCCGGCACACCAGGAUCACCUGGCACUCCAGGAGGACCAGGCGGACCAGGAGGACCAGGUGGCCCAGGAGGACCUUCAGGUCCAGGCGGACCCAGCCGACCCCCAGGUUACCCCGGGCAACCCGGGACCCCGGGUAGCCCAGGGUCUCCAGGCACGCCUGGAGGCCCGGGAGGCCCAGGAGGCUCAGGAGGACCAGGAUACCCCGGUCAACCUGGACAGCCCGGAAAACCAGGAUAUCCAGGGCAACCAGGACAGCCCGGUCAGCCAGGAUACCCAGGACAGCCUGGACAGCACGGUCAGCCAGGAUACCCAGGACAACCAGGACAGCCCGGACAACCAGGGUACCCAGGACAACCUGGACAGCCCGGUCAGCCAGGAUACCCAGGACAACCUGGACAGCCCGGUCAGCCAGGAUACCCAGGACAACCUGGACAGCCCGGAAAACCAGGAUACCCAGGACAACCUGGACAGCCCGGUCAGCCAGGAUACCCAGGACAACCUGGACAGCCCGGUCAGCCAGGAUACCCAGGACAACCUGGACAGCCCGGAAAACCAGGGUACCCAGGACAACCUGGACAGCCCGGACAACCAGGGUACCCAGGACAACCUGGACAGCCUGGUCAGCCAGGACACCCAGUACAGCCUGGACAGCAUGGUCAGCCAGGAUACCCAGGACAGCCUGGACAGCACGGUCAGCCAGGAUACCCGGGACAACCAGGACAGCCCGGUCAGCCAGGAUACCCAGGACAACCCGGACAGCACGGUCAGCCAGGACAACCAGGAUACCCAGGACAACCAGGACAACCAGGAUACCCAGGACAACCAGGACAGCCCGGACAACCAGGGUACCCAGGACAACCUGGACAGCCCGGUCAGCCAGGAUACCCAGGACAACCUGGACAGCCCGGUCAGCCAGGAACAUCAGGACAGCCAGGAUACCCAGGACAGCCCGGUCAGCCAGGAUACCCAGGACAACCCGGAGAGCCCGGACAACCAGGAUACCCAGGUCAACAAGGACAACCCGGACAACCAGGGUACCCAGGACAACCUGGGCAGCCCGGUCAGCCAGGAUACCCAGGACAACCUGGACAGCCCGGUCAGCCAGGAACACCAGGACAGCCCGGAUACCCAGGACAGCCCGGCCAACCAGGAUACCCAGGACAACCUGCACAGCCCGGACAACCAGGAUACCCAGGACAACCUGGACAGCCCGGACAACCAGGAUACCCAGGACAACCUGGACAGCCAGGAUACCCAGGACACCCAGGACAACCUGGACAACCCGGCCAGCCAGGAUAUCCAGGACAACCUGGACAACCAGGAACACCAGGACAGCCCGGCCAACCAGGAUACCCAGGACAACCUGGACAGCCCGGAUACCCAGGACACCCAGGACAACCUGGACAACCCGGCCAGCCAGGAUAUCCAGGACAACCUGGAAAACCAGGAACACCAGGACAGCCCGGCCAACCAGGAUACCCAGGACAACCUGGACAGCCCGGAUACCCAGGACACCCAGGACAGCCAGGAACACCAGGACAACCCGGAAAGCCCGGACAACCAGGAGAACCCGGACAUCCAGGACAACCUGGAGGACCCGGCCAACCCGGACACCCAGGACAACAUGGACAGCCCGGCCAACCAGGACAACCCGGACACCCAGGAAACCCGGACACCCAGGACAACCCGGACACCCAGGACAACCUGGACAGCCCGGACUACCUGGAACACCAGGACAACCUGGACAGCCUGGUAAACCCGGGACACCAGGACAACCUGGACAGCCUGGUAAACCCGGGAUACCAGGACAACCUGGACAGCCCGGACAACCAGGAUACCCCGGUCAACCAGGAAAACCAGGACAACCAGGACAGCCUGGAUACCCAGGACAACCUGGACAACCCGGACACCCAGGACAACCCGGACAUCCCGGAGGACCUGGCCAACCUGGACAACCAGGAUACCCAGGACAACCUGGACAACCCGGACACCCAGGACAACCCGGACAGCAAGGAGGACCUGGCCAACCAGGACAACCCGGAUACCCAGGACAACCUGGACAGCCCGGACAACCCGGAACACCAGGACAACCAGGGUACCCAGGACAACCCGGUAAACCUGGUACACCAGGACAACCUGGACAGCCCGGACAACCAGGAUACCCAGGACAACCCGGACACCCAGGACAACCUGGACAGCCCGGACAACCCGGAAAACCAGGACAACCAGGUUACCCUGGACAACCUGGACAACCCGGUAAACCUGGAACACCAGGACAACCUGGACAGCCCGGACAACCAGGAUACCCAGGACAACCCGGACAACCUGGACACCCAGGACAACCUGGACAGCCCGGACAACCCGGAACACCAGGACAACCAGGUUACCCUGGACAACCUGGACAACCCGGUAAACCGGGAACACCAGGACAACCAGGACAGCCCGGACAACCAGGAUACCCAGGACAACCUGAACAACCCGGACACUCAGGACAACCUGGACAUCCCGGACAACCCGGAACACCAGGACAACCAGGUUACCCUGGACAACCUGGGCAACCCGGUAAACCGGGAACACCAGGGCAACCAGGACAGCCCGGACAACCAGGAUACCCCGGUCAACCAGGAAAACCAGGACAACCUGGACAGCCUGGAUACCCAGGACAACCUGGGCAACCCGGUCACCCAGGACAACCCGGACAGCCCGGAGGACCUGCACAACCAGGACAGCCAGGAUACCCAGGACAGCCUGGAUACCCAGGACAACCCGGGCAACCUGGAACACCUGGACAGACCGGAUACCCUGGACAGCCCGGACAGCCAGGAGGACCUGGCAAACCCGGCCAACCAGGACAGCCAGGACAACCCGGACAGCCCGGAGGCCCUGGUCAGCCUGGACAACCAGGACAGCCAGGACAUCCAGGACAGCCCGGUGCGCCAGGACAACCUGGACAACCCGGACACCCAGGACAACCCGGACAGCCUGGAAGUCCUGGUCAGCCUGGACAACCAGGAUACCCCGGUCAACCAGGUCAACCCGGUAAACCUGGCACCACUGGACAACCUGGUCAACCCGGACAACCCGGACAACCUGGCUACCCGGGCGGCUCCGAUCAAACCGGACAACCUAAUCAGCCAACACCAGGAUACCCUGGAAAGCCUGGACAACCCGGUUACCCAGGACAACCAGGUCAACCCGGCCAACCAGGACAGCCCGGACAGCCAGGAUACCCAGGUGAACCCGGACAGCCUGGACAGCCUGGAUAUCCAGGACAACCCGGACAACCUGGACAGCCAGGAACCCCUGGUCAACCAGGACAGCCAGGAGGCCCCGGACAACCAGGAUAUCCUGGCCAGCCAGGACAACCUGGUCAGCCAGGACAUCCGUCCCAACCCGGACAGCCAGGACAUCCGUCCCAACCCGGACAGCCAGGAACCCCUGGUCAGCCAGGAUACCCAGGCCAACCCGGACAACCAGGAGGCCCCGGGAAACCAGGACAGCCCGGGCAGCCAGGUCACCCAGGACAACCCGGUCAGCCAGGACAUCCAGGACAACCCGGAUACCCUGGAACACCAGGAACGCCUGGACAACCGGGACAACCCGGCACACCAGGAGGCCCCGGUCAGCCUGGCCAACCAGGAUACCCAGAUUCCGUUGGUCAACCUACCGGGACUGGCGUUCAGCCUCCAUCUCAACCUCCGCCGGGCGCCCAAAUGCCGCCAUUCCCGAUCUACGUCAUCCCUUACCCGCUGCCCAUCGUCCCGAGCCCUGGACAGUGCCCGUGCUAUCUAGUUAACCCCGGCAAUGAUACCACUGCGGUCUCUCAACCCCAGCAACCGCAACCACCUCAACAACCUAGCAACCAAGGCGGAUACUACGCUCCUUACGGAAUCAUUGGCUUCGUUCCCGUCGUGUUCGUACCCUACUGUCCUGGCAAUAA